AUGCUGGAUUCGUAGCAACCGGUUUCUAAGGAAGCAACUUCCGCGACAUCGAACCAAUCACGACACGGCUUACAGAGAUGACCUCAGAAGCUCCGCCCUCAGUUGAACAAAGAACGUAGUAGCAACGUGACAGAUAAAGACCAGCGAGGUGUACGGUGUAUCUGUGCGAUUCUUACGUGGAUUUCUCACUGCACGACUGUAAAUCAUGACUCUCCCCGAAGGCACGGAAGCUUCAGCUGCAGUUUGCAUCAAAAAACCGAUGAAUUUCGGCACGAUAGUUAGAGAUUUCCUUAUGCGAGCUUCAGAGGAGGAUAGAAUAACGUUCGGAGUGUAUGGAUGUGCAAAGUUAAUGGAAGCGAACCCUGGUUCAGUUGGUCUGUGCGUCCUGGCCAAAGCCGUCCCUGCGGACGUUUCGGUGGACAUACAGAACACCCUGAUGGAGGCUCAUUGUGUGGAACACAGCGUGCGUGUCCUCAAGGUGGAUAGUUCUGAAAAGCUUGAGAAAAUACUGUCGCUGCAUUACAAGAAUAGUAAGGAAGGAAGUGUCCCGCACCGCUCGCCCGCGGAUUACACGUGCAUUCUCAUUCAGCAUGCGCAGAAGGAGGUUCCGGCGGACGAGAUGGUACUUGCGUGCUGUGAUGAGAUGAUGUCGGAAGGUAUCCUGUUGAACCAUCCCCUACAACUUCCGAUCUGAAUAUACCACCCCAUACGUCAUCCACGCCAUAUUACCUACCAAGGAUCAGACGCUGGAGACUGAAGUGUGGUCUCCAUGCUGUUCCUCCUUGCUGAUCCGGACAUAUAAAGGACAUGGUUUGGGGUCACAUCAAACCAGACUAUUGGUCAACACAAUAGCUACUAUGGUCACUAGUUCCCGUACCCCGACUGGACACCCAGACAAGGACAGCUGGCGAAGACCGCUGUACCAGUAACGGGGUAGCCUGGAAUCCGAGGUCACACAUCUGGAGUCUGUGUACCGUUGGCGACGAUCCGGUGUGAAGGGACAGUGGCACAUGGCCUACUGAUCGGAGCAGACAACAAGCACCAUUCUAUCUGCAGCCAUCACCCAACAAGAAGGCGGUCACAAGUUCUCGGAAUCUUAGACCAGCUGAUCAUAUUUCAGCCAUUGCCACAACAAAUCCAUCAGCGAACGGUCAGAUUGAUUUAUUCUUGCAUAAUCAUUACUAUCAUAAUUGGUUAUCGAAUAAAAUUAAGAAUAUUCAUAUGCAA